AUGACUGUACAUUUUCAUUUGUCCUUAUUGCAGGGAAACGAUUUGGGGGCUGGAAGUUGUAGAUGUAAAGAGCCUUUAAUAGAAUGUUUAUUUUUCAGUCCUAUUUUGCUACUUCCUACUAUUUCCUGUACUGCAACUACAGAGAUGAUCUAUUCGUCCUCAACGUCAGUAGGGCAGUCAAAUUUACUAGCUCUUAAAUACAAAAUAACCUAUGACUCCCUUUAUCCAGCCAUCACAUCUGGUGAAUACUAUCAAAUGCAAGGUAUAACAUCAUUUUCUCUUGGUUGGCUAAGUCUGGAACGCUUGGGAUUAGAUCAAACACUAUCUGAUGGCCAAUAA